AUGCAUCUGUGGCAGGCCACUGUUCCUUUUUGCCUAUUGGCAUCGGCUGCGUUGCCAGCAGUUGCUGCGACCUCUUGGGGCUUUACUGAUGCCACCGUGGCAGUCCAACCUAAGGGUGCCGGAAUCAACGGCGGAUACAAGGAAUCCCUCUCCGUCUCCAACCCCCUCCCAAAACCGGUCGCGCUCGCCGGUGCCGAUACAUUGCGCGUCACCUUGACUACUCAGGAAGGAAGCUCCGCAAAGCGACCGCACCAAGCUUUCCUUCUGUUGAAGGAUUCCCACACUGGAUUAGAUAUCUCCUAUCCAUUCACCGUCAAAGACAAUGGAAAAUCGCGGGUGGAAUUGACUCAAAAGGACCUCCCGAUCCAAUUCCUCUCUCUUCCCGAACCUGUCGACGCUCGUGUAGUCAUUGGUUCCUCCGGUAGCUCCGAGGCAUAUGAUUCCUCCAUCUUCGCUUUAUCCAUCGAGCGCAACCCCGACAUUCCCGUCCCCACUGUUGACGUCGAGCGAUACGGCAAGCUUCCCGAGAUCCACCACAUCUUCAAGGAUGCCGCCAGCAGCCCCCCUCUUGUUAUCACCUUGGCCUUUGUGGGCCUAGUCGGUGCUUCUCUUCCGGUUCUGGCUGUUUUGUGGCUUCUCCUUGGUGCAAACGUCAACCACCUGCCCACUGCCUUAAAGUCUGCCCCUCUCCCGCACGCCAUCUUUGUUGGAUCUUUGGUUGCUUUUGAGGGCCUCUUUUUCCUUUACUACACCUCCUGGAACCUGUUUGAGAUCCUGCCCCCAGCUGCCGUCAUUGGCGCGGUCGCAUUUGUGAGCGGUAGCCGCGCAUUGGGCGAGGUUCAAGGCCGCCGCCUCGCAGGUCUCCGCUAA